AUGGCAUCGCGCAAGGUCGCUAUCAUAACUGGCGCUUCCUCUGGGAUUGGUCGAGAAUCAGCCAUUGCGCUUUCUUCUGCUGGGUGGUCUCUGACCCUCACAGCACGACGUCUCGAACAGCUAGAAGAGACAAAAUCUCUCUGCUCUGACCCAAGUUCUUGUCUCGUACUCGCCGGAGAGGUCACCGACGAACCUUUUGUGAAGAAGCUGUUUGAAGAAACAGUCGCCAAUUUUGGGAGGCUAGACCUGCUAUUUAAUAACGCUGGAAUCAGCCAUAAGGGAACACCUAUCGACGAACUUUCCCUUGAGACAUUCACGUCUGUAAUCAACGUCAACCUGGUCGGGUCUUUCCUUUGUACUCGAGAGGCAUUCAGGGUAUUUAAAUCACAAAGCCCCACAGGAGGCAGGAUCAUCAAUAACGGUUCUCUUGCUGCCCGCGUCCCACGCCCACAUGCCGCACCAUACACCUGCUCGAAGCACGCCGUUACUGGUCUUACCAAGGCAAGCGCAAUUGAUGGACGCAACUGGAACAUCGCUGUGACACAAAUCGAUAUUGGAAAUGCACUCACGACUAUGGCUGCUGGACAUACUCGCGGUUCUCUUCAGCCUGACGGGCGCGUUGUUGUGGAGGCGACGUUUGACCCAGUACAUGUCGCACAAACUGUUGUGCACCUCGCGGGAUUACCAAAUUCGGUAACAGUCCUUGAGAUGAACAUCAUGGCUACUGGUGUGCCAUUCGUAGGCAGAGGAUAA